CCCAGCAGGAAAAGCUUGUCCCUGGCUCCGGCUGGCUUCCCAUCCGCCCCAGAAAACACUGGGCAAGCAGCAAGCAGCAUCCCUGCAAAUCUGCCGCAGAUUCGGUGACCAUCCCAUGAUGCCACACUUGUGCAGGCUGCUGAUGUACGUGUUGCUGGAGCUGGGGUCCCUGCUGGUGGGGGCACUGUCCCCAUCCUGCCCCCCUACCUGCCAGUGCUAUGACACCUCCAAAGUCUUCUGCUCAAAUGAAAGAAUGCGGGAGAUCCCAGAGGGCCUGCCAGGAAGUGCCACCCACCUCUUCUUUGUGGAGACAGCCCUGAGCACCAUCCGCAGCGGGGACUUGGGCUCCAGCACCACCCUCACCAAGCUGGUCUUCAUCAAUAACAACAUCCAGGAGCUGGAGGCUGGUGCCUUUCAGGGGCUGACCAGCCUUGCCGAGCUGGAGGUGUCAGGCAACCCCUUGCCAGCUGUCAGCCUUGGGAUGCUGGCAGGGCUGACCAGCCUCAGCAAGCUCUCCCUCAGUGCCAACGCCAUCCGCAUCCUGCAGCCGGGGCUCUUCACUGCCUCCUGCCGCCUGCAGGACCUGAGCCUGUCAGGGAACAGGAUCGAGGCCCUGCCCCCUGGCAUCUUCCGCCCCCUCCGGCGGCUCCAGGCCCUGGACCUCUCACAGAAUGCUCUGGCUGAGCUGCCAGAUGGGCUGCUGGACCCACUUGUCGCCCUUCGUGUCCUUAAGCUCAGUGACAACCUGCUGGCACGGGUGCCUCCUGGUGCUUUCAGGGCACUUGGCCAGCUAACUGAGCUCCACCUGGAUGGCAACCGGCUGCAGGAGCUGCCCUCUGGCAUCUUCUCCAGGCUGGGGGGGCUGCGGCGGCUGCAGCUGCAGCACAACGCCCUGGGCAGCCUGGCCCCUGACACCUUCACAGGUCUCCUCAACCUCACUGUCCUCAGCCUGGAGGGCAACAACCUGGCCACCCUGCCUGCCAUGCUGUUCACUGGCACCCCUAGCCUCCUCCACCUCUCGCUGGCCCGCAACCAGCUGGGGACACUGCCCCAGGAGCUCUUUGCUAACCUGUCCGUGCUGGAAACCCUGGUGCUCUCACACAAUGCCAUGGAUCACCUGCCCACUGGGCUUUUCCAGGGUCUGCCAGGGCUGACAGAGCUACAGCUGAGCCACAACAACCUCUCCAGCCUGCCGGCAGGGCUGCUGGCCGGGCUGCCCCUCCUCACCGCCCUGGUGCUGGACCACAACCGCCUGGCCCGCCUGCCCCCGGGGCUCUUCGAUGCCAACAAUGAACUGGUGCGUGUGGGGCUGUCUGACAACCCCUGGCUCUGCAACUGCCACCUCUCCUACCUCCUGCGCUGGCUCCAGAGCUUUGCUGAGCCCCUCACCCACGGCCAAGCCCUCUGUGCCAACCCAGCUGCUCUCCAGGGCCAGCCCCUGCUGGAGAUCUCCCAUGGGCAGCUGGAGUGCCCGGGAGCACAGGGUGCCCCUGCAGAGGGAGGCUGGGCCACAGCUGCCCCGGGGCAGUGCACCUACACCAACGCCGAGGGCUCUGUGAGCGUGGCCUGCAGUGGCACGGCCUGCCAGCAGCUCAGCCUCCGCCUGCCUCCUCCCGGGCAGGGCCAGGGCUCGGGCGCAGCGUACCGGGGCUCCUGGGUGCUGCGCUCCCGCUGUGGCACCCUGCAGCUCAGUGUCCUUGUCACAGCACAGAGCGGGAGCGAGGCCACAUCUCCAGCUCUCCCCACCGUGCCCUAGAGCUUGGGCAGGCGUUUGCUCCUGCUCUGGCAACCUCAGAACCAGCCUGGGAAGCAAACAGCUCUCCGUCUCGCUCUGCUACCGCUGCCAUGGUCACCAGCUGUCACCGAGCUCUCCACAACAGCUGGCCUGGUGGUAUUUAUCCUCUCAGCUACGUGUUUCCUGUGUAUUUCAAAUAUAAUUAAAAUUUAUCUAUUAUUUCCGUGCUACUA